AUGUCUGGCCGUGGUAAAGGUGGUAAAGGAUUAGGAAAGGGUGGUGCCAAGCGUCACAGAAAGAUUCUUCGUGACAACAUUCAAGGUAUCACCAAGCCUGCCAUCCGUCGUCUGGCAAGAAGAGGUGGUGUCAAGCGUAUCUCUGCCCUCAUCUACGAAGAGACCCGUGGAGUUCUCAAGUCGUUCCUCGAAUCCGUCAUCCGUGAUGCAGUCACCUAUACUGAGCACGCCAAGAGAAAGACCGUCACCUCUCUCGAUGUCGUCUACGCCCUCAAGAGACAAGGCCGUACCCUUUACGGUUUCGGUGGUUAA